CAUGUCGGCCCCUCAAGCAAACGAUGCUGAGAAGAACAUCGAGAUAUGGAAGGUCAAGAAGCUCAUCAAACGCCUAGAAGCCGCUCGUGGCAAUGGAACAAGCAUGAUUUCCCUCAUCAUCCGUAGGUUCACCCUCCACUCCCCCGUCCAGACUGCCAAUCUGCCAUUCAACUCCCAGUUCCAACUCCUCUGCCUCCCAUUCUAUGCACGAGAGGUCGCCUCACUCCCGCUGACCACAUGAAGCCCCCAAGGAUCAGGUCUCCCGUGCCGCAAAGAUGUUGGCUGAAGAAUUCGGUACCGCCUCCAACAUCAAAUCCCGCGUCAAUCGUCUCUCUGUCCUGUCCGCCAUUACCUCCACACAGCAGCGUCUCAAGCUCUACUCCAAAGUCCCUCCCAAUGGCCUUGUCGUCUACUGUGGUGAAAUCAUCACCGCAGAAGGCAAGGAGCGCAAGAUCAACAUCGAUUUCGAACCCUUCAAGCCCAUCAACACCUCCCUAUACCUUUGCGACAACAAAUUCCACACAGAGGCCUUGAGCGAGCUUCUCGAGUCGGACCAGAAGUUUGGCUUCAUCAUCAUGGACGGUAACGGUGCCCUGUUCGGUACCCUCUCCGGUAACACCCGUGAUAUCGUACACAAGUUCUCCGUCGACUUGCCCAAAAAGCACGGUCGUGGUGGUCAGUCUGCCCUUCGUUUCGCCCGUCUGCGAGAAGAGAAGCGCCACAACUAUGUCCGCAAAGUCGCCGAAUUGGCCGUCCAGAACUACAUCACCAACGACAAGGUCAACGUUGCCGGUCUCAUUCUCGCUGGUAGCGCCGAUUUCAAGAACGACCUGAACCAGUCCGACAUGUUCGACCAGCGUCUGCAGAGCAAGGUCAUCAAGGUUGUGGACGUCUCCUACGGUGGAGAGAACGGCUUCAACCAGGCCAUCGAGCUGUCGUCUGAGACGCUCGGCAACGUCAAGUUUAUCCAGGAGAAGAAGUUGAUCAACAAGUACUUCGACGAGAUCUCCCAGGACUCUGGAAAGGUCUGCUACGGUAUCGAGGAUACGCUGAAGGCUCUGGAGCUUGGUGCCGCUGAGACGUUGAUCGUCUACGAGAACUUGGAGAUCACACGCUACACUCUCAAGACGUCCGAAGGCUCGGAGGUCGUCAUCCACGUCAGCAAGUCCCAGGAAUCAGACCGAUCCCAGUUCAUGGACAAGGAGACAGGUCAGGAGAUGGAAGUGGCCGAGCAGAUGCCCUUCCUCGAGUGGCUGGCAGAGAAGUACCGCGAUUUCGGUGCCACUCUCGAGUUCGUCUCCGACCGCUCCUCUGAGGGUAACCAGUUCGUCAAGGGCUUUGGUGGUAUCGGCGCCAUCCUUCGCUACAAGGUCAACUUUGAGCAACUCGCCGAGUAUGAUGACGAUGAUGAAUUCUACGAUGAUUGACGGUUGUGCGCCCUCGCAGAGCGCGAGGCAGAGGCCCCACUCCACGCGUCGAGUCCGGGGACGUCCGCUGCCCGCGUCGAAUACCCAGACGCGUACACCACGAAGCAUGAAGAGGUUCCGGCGAUGCCGACCCGCCUCUCCAGAUUGUGAGCGGCGAACAGGAGUGCGGAUGAAUAGUUUGUAAGGCUGAUGAAUCAUCAUACUUAUCCACGACCCACUCUCGCUGCAACGGAGAGGCUGCAGGCUGCUCAUCAUCAAGAGCAGUACUUCUCAGCUUGAAGAUUACCUGCUAUGGUUCAAUGGACGAAGAGUAGAGGGG